AUGAAAAAACAGAAGCAGUGCAUCUCCGGCAAUAACUCAACCGUUUGCGGAUCCAAUGAAAGUUCCUUUGAUCUGAUCCCUGUCGAUCUGUUCAUUAAUAAUAUCUUGUCCAGAUUGCCUGUGAAGUCUUUGGCUCAAUGUCGUUGCGUAUCGAAGCUCUGGUCCUCGAUAGUUCGCCGUCCUAAUUACCACCUGUUGUUCCCGAUCAAGUCUCCGGCUACACCGAAACCGAGGCUCCUUUACGCCUUGGAAAAAGAAACAAAGUUGCUCUUCUUCUCUUCACCUCAACCUCCAAAACCAUCAGUACGAUAUCUUCCGCCCACACGUCACACGAGUUUCUCCUCAGAAUAUUGCUAUGAAGUUAAAACAUAUCCCCCAGUCAACGGACUGGUCUGUAGUCAACAUAUCGGAAACAAGUGUUUAUGGGCUGUGAUUUCAAAUCCCAUCACAGGAGAGUUCGUAACCACACCCAAAGUGACAUCAAAAUGGCCUUUAUCAAAGGAGAGGAUUCAUUUUGGUUAUGAUCCAAUCGGAAAACAGUUCAAGGUAUUGCUUAGCACUUGGUUUCUUGGCUCACACGUCAGUCAAGUUCUUACACUAGGGACUGGAAAUCUUUCUUGGAGAAAUAUCGAAUGUUUCAUACUUCAUCAUUAUUAUUACAAAGGCGAAGACGAGGGAAUAUGCAUCAAUGGGGUUUUGUAUUAUCAAGUAAUCAUUGACAAAAAACGUUCGAUCCUUUGCUUUGACGUUAGGUCUGAGGAAUUCAGUUUUAUUAACCUUGAUCAGGUGAAUCAGGUGAUCAAGGCAACAACUAUCUGGGAACGUCCUUUGAUUCUGAUAGACCACAAGGGUAAGUUAGGUGCUAUUGACUCUGAUUUGUCUAAUUUGUCAAAUGUGUGGGUUUUAGAGAAUGCAGAAGAACAUAAAUGGUUCAAUAUGCACCAAAUACAACGUCCAAACAUCAUGAAACCACCCUUCUUUUCUGCUGCAAUGAUUGGUAGUGGCCAACUUGUGUUUUACCUAACAAUUAAACCACGUCGUCCUUUCAACAUUUUCUACUACAAUCUCGAGAGUAAAAUUAUGACGCCCGUUCAAGUUCCAGAAAUUGAUCCUGUUGAUUUCAGAAAAGUUCGCACAUUUCCAAACUUUGUAAAGGAUGUGAAAUUAAUGUAA